AUGGCCUUUGCAACUGCUCUGGCCGAGCUCCAAGCAGAGGCCAGCUGCCCCAUCUGCCUGGAUUACCUGAGGGACCCAGUGACCACCGACUGUGGGCACAACUUCUGUGGCUCCUGCAUCCACCAGUGCUGGGAAGACCUGCAGGACGUCUUCCCCUGUCCCGUCUGCCUCCACCACUGCCCUGACAACAGCCUCAAGAGGAACACCCAGCUGUGCCACAUGACUGACAUUGUUAAGCAGCUUCCCACCAUGAGGAGGAAGAGGAAACAGCAGAAAGAGAAAGCCCUGUGUGAGCAGCACAGUCAGGUGCUGGACCUGUUCUGUGAGAAGGACCUGGAGCUCUUGUGUCCCCAGUGCAGGGUCUCCUCCGACCACCAGGACCACCUCCUCAUGCCCAUUGAGCAAGCUGCAGCGAGUCACAGGAGGAAGCUCAAGAGCUACAUUGAACCCCUGAGGUAG